AACUUUAUUUCCUCCAGAAGCUUUGAAUUUGGAUAGCGGUGUCACUACAUGUCCUUGGGGUUGAUGAGACAUGGAGGGGCAGGAAUAAGAUCUAGCCCACAGUUCAGGUAGGAGUUCAUGUAGCUAACACUAGGCUGCAAAUCUGCACCGUCACGCCAGUCGUUUUGAGGAAUUUUGUACGGAUCAUAACUGCUAAUAAACUCCUAAUUUCCAUGUAUAUCUAUUCUGUGCUUCUUUCUAAGACUAUCCAAGUAACCCAGUAGUAGAGCUUUUUUAGCUGUAGAUUUCUUCAAACAAGGGCAACAGAUGCUGGACAUCUUCACUUGGCUUCAGACCACUCUUGGUGAUGAAAUGCACAAAUGUGCAUGCAUGCCUGAAGCGAGCCGAUCGGAAUCGCCAUUACUAAUCUAAUCGGGAAGAAAAAAACAAAACGGUGAUUACAGGGGAGCUACGUUGCGAUGUGGAAUUUUCUGAAAGGUGUACAGAAACCGCCAGAGACUGGGACAAAGCGACCUUGGUCUGAAGAGGAGAAAAAGGCUGCCGAUAAAGCGUACGAGAAGGAGAAGGAGAAACGACAAAGGACUUGUAAGCAAACGUGGGAGCAGGCUGUGUGACGACAUGAAAACGGAGACAUCUGAAGCGUCAGAAGUCUGUGUGAAGAAAGAGGAGACGCUGGAGCUGAACAUCUACAACCAUGGAGACAACCUUGACAACCCACUUGAAGGUCUCUCUAUUAAAGUGGAAGAUCCUGACAAUAAAGACUACCUCUACUGUGAAGUUUGCAAAUCCUUCUUCCUCAACAAAUGUGAGGUUCAUGGACUGCCCCUCUUCAUCCCAGAUACUCCUGUUCCUAUGGGAGUACCUGACCGAGCCAGACAAACUCUUCCUCCGGGGCUAGAAAUCCAGAAGUCCAAUAUUCCUGACGCAGACCUGGGAGUGUUUAAUAAGGGGGAAACUGUUCCAGUAGGUGCACACUUCGGACCCUACCAGGGAGAGCUGGUAAAUCAAGAGGAAGCCAAGAAUAGUGGAGACUCCUGGGUAUACAGGAGCAGUGUGAGGUAUGAAGAAUACAUAGAUGCCAAAAGAGACAUGCAUGUGAAUUGGAUGAGGUAUGUGAAUUGUGCCCGUAAUGAUGAAGAACAGAAUCUUGUGGCAUUUCAAUAUCGAGGGGGAAUUCUGUAUCGUUGCUGUCGACCCAUUAACCCAGGACAGGAGCUCUUGGUGUGGUAUGAAGAGGAGUACGCCAAAGCACCUACAGGAACAACCAGACAGCAAGAAGUAAAGAAUGCUCUACUGCAAGUUUUUUCCUGCUCCACAUGUCCUUGUUCCUAUGCAUCUCAAAUUUACCUCGACAAACACAUCCAGAGAUGCCAUUAUGAAGAGUAUGUGAGACUUCAGGAAUCAAGAGAGAUUAAAUAUGAGCUUCAGAUCCCCUCUGAAGGCUCCAGUAGUCAGCCAACAUCAACUGAUAAUCCCAGUUCUGACUCUUCUCACAAUGAUCUACAGAAGGAAAUUCAUCACUGCUCAGACUGUGGAAAGAGUUUUGGUCAUCAGAAUGUACUCAAGACACACCAUUGUAGUCACAGAGGAGGAAAGCCACAUUACUGUUCACAGUGUGGAAAGAGUUUUACUCAUCAGAGUCAUCUCCAACGACACCAGCGCAUUCACACAGGAGAGAAGCCGUAUCACUGCUCACAGUGUGGAAAGAGUUUUAAUCGUCAGAGUAGUCUCCAACGACACCAGUGCAGUCACACAGGAGAGAAGCCGUAUCGCUGCUCGCAGUGUGGAAAGAGUUUUACUUAUCAGAGUCGUCUCCAAGUCCACCAGCGCAUUCACACAGGAGAGAAGCCGUAUCACUGCUCUCAGUGUGGAAAGAGGUUUACUCGACAGAAUGUUCUCCACCAACACCAGCGCAUUCACACAGGAGAGAAGCCGUAUCACUGCUUGCAGUGUGGAAAGAGUUUUACUUAUCGGAGUCAUCUCCAAGUCCACCAGCGCAGUCACACAGGAGAGAAGCCGUAUCACUGCUCACAGUGUGGAAAGAGUUUUACUUAUCAGAGUCGUCUCCAAGUCCACCAGCGCAUUCACACAGGAGAGAAGCCGUAUCACUGCUCCCAGUGUGGAAAAAGGUUUACUCGACAGAGUGUUCUCCAACAACACCAGCGCAUUCACACAGGAGAGAAGCCGUAUCACUGCUCACUGUGUGGAAAGAGUUUUACUCAUCAGAGUGGUCUCCAAGUCCACCAGCGCGUUCAUACGGGAGAGAAGCCGUAUCACUGCUCCCAGUGCGGAAAGAGUUUUACUCGUCAGAGUCAUCUCCAAGUCCACCAGCACAGUCACACAGGAAAGAAGCCAUCUCACUGUUCACAGUGUGGGAAGAGUUUUACAACGCAGAGUGUUCUCCACGUUCACCAGCGCAUUCACACAGGAGAGAAGCCGUAUCACUGCUCACAGUGUGGAAAGAGUUUUACGACACAGAGUCAUCUCCAGCGACACCAGCGUGUUCACACCGGAGAGAAGCCACAUCACUGCUCACAGUGUGGAAAGAGUUUUACGACACAGAGUAAUCUCCAAUUCCACCAGCACUUGCACACAGGAGAGAAGCCGUAUCACUGCUCACAGUGUGGAAAGAGUUUUACGACGCAGAGUAAUCUCCAAGUCCACCAGCACUUGCACACAGGAGAGAAGCCACAUCUCUGCUCACACUGUGGAAAGAGUUUUACUCAACAGAGUACUCUCCAACAACACCAGCGCAUUCACACAGGAGAGAAGCCAUAUCACUGCUCACAGUGUGGAAAGAGUUUUACGACACGGAGUAAUCUCCAACGACACCAGCGCGUUCACACAGGAGAGAAACCACAUCCCUGCUCACAGUGUGGAAAGAGUUUUACAACACAGAGUAAUCUCCAACAACACCAGCGCGUUCACACAGGAGAGAAGCCACAUCAUUGCUCACAGUGUGGAAAGUAUUUUACGACGCAGCGUUAUUUCCAAAAACACCAGCGCAUUCACACAGGAGAAAAGCUGCAUCACUGCUCACAGUGUGGAAAGAAUUUUAUGACGCAGAGUUAUCUCCAACAACACCAGCGCAUUCACACAGGAGAGAAGCCAUAUCACUGCUCACAGUGUGGGAAGAUGUUUACUUUUUCAGUUGCAUUUAAGACCCACAAGUGCACCAACAUUGCAUGAUUUAAAAUUGUCAAAUUAAAUAUGGUUAUUACUGUUUUGGCUGAAAGUGAUCUGUACUUUGAACUUUAUUGUUCAUAUUAUAUGCCUGUUUUAAAAUAUGUAAUCUUUAUAGUGAUGUUUAAAACAAGACUAUUGAUGUUUUCUUUUGACCGUAAGUGGUUAUUAAUUACCACCAUACAACUAAUGAUUUAACUGCAGCACGAGACUAAUUGUUAAUGGAAUGAUUCCUGGAAUUAUUACUGAUCAGGUGUUUAAUGUAUUAUGUUUAACAGAAAUGUGGAUCAAAGCAAAUGAGUAUGAAGCUUGCCCUGCUAUAUGCAUCAGUUUCACCUAACUGGUAGAGAAGGUGGCAUCACACUUAUUUAUAAUGAUAAUCUAGGCAUCAUGCAAAAACCUGAGCAAAAAUUUAGUGUAAUUGAAGUUCUUAAUACUAACGUGUAGCCUAAAAAAAAAAAGUCUACCCAGUCAGUUCAGCUAAUUAUUAUUUACAGACCCAUGGUCUAUAUUUUGAAUUCUUUUGUGAAUUUGCACAUUUCAUGUUAAACCUGGUUAAUUCUUUAAACCAAUAAUUAAUUGUUAGUGAUAUUAUCCAUUUUGAUAAUCUGGAAGACUGUCUGAGAACAGCAUUCAUGUCCAUUCAGUAGGGGUUAAUCAGAACAUCCUAGGACCAACUCAUAAUGGUGGUCACACUCUUGAUCUAAUACUUGCAUUUGUAUUGUAUUUUCUGUAAAGCUGCUUUGUGACAAUGCCUGUUAAAAGUGCUAUACAAAUAAACUUGACUAUUAAAUAUAGAACAUAUAGUCACACUUCCACAGUCUGAAGCUACCAGAAAUCAUUACCUCAUCUCAUUUGAAACGUCUUAGCAAUAAUAUAUGCACGUUGCCAAGCCAUCGCAUCAAAAGUACAUUCACAUCAACUACUGCAUAAAGUUAUAUCAAUAGUUUCCCCAGAGUUAUCAACUUUGAUUGGAUCACCAUCAGACCCCACAGAACUUGAUCAGCCAACUGAAUGCUUAGGAUCAACGUUCCACUAUACUUUAGAUAAUGUAGCGCCACUUAAAAGAAAAUAAUUCAGGAGAAAAAAAAACUAGCACCCUGGUCUAAUGAUAACACAUGCAUCUUAAAUCAUAAAAUUAGAAAAUGGCAUCAAACAAAAUUGACAGUAUUCCAAUUAGCAUGGUAGGAGAGCCUCUUGAACUACAUCGACAAGCUCUUUGUGCUGCUAGAUCAACGUAUCUCUCCACCCUCAUAGAGGAUACUAAAAAUAAUCCUAAAUUCUUAUGUAAUAUCUUAGCAAAAUUUAUAGGAAUAAGACCACCACAGAAACAUGCACACCUUCAAUAUGACUUCAUUUUUUUUCAGUGGCAAAAUUGAAAAUGAUGCAAAAAAAUCUAAAUAUUAAUUUAAAGCCCGACAAUUUGAUAAGUAUUCCUGUAGAGAAUAAUAUAACUACAUCAGAGCAAUAAUUUGUUUUACUCCCCUGAGAGACAACUAUUUUCACUUACUUCCUCAACAAAAUCUUCAAUUUGUGUACAAGAUCCCUUACCUACAUGAUUCUUCAAACUGAUAACACUAGAAGCAAUCAAACAUCAUCUAAAAAUAAUCAGUUAUUCUUUUAGCAGUGGCUACGUGCCUAAAUCUUUUAAACUAGCAGUUUGUGAGAUCAUUAAUUUUAAAAAAACACUGUCAGCUGUCCAAUUAUAGGCCAACAUCAAACCUCCUUUUUAUCUCCAAGAUCUUAGAAAAAGCUGUGGAACAGCAGUUAUGCUCAUAUCUACAUAGGAGUAACAUCCAUGAAAUGUAUCAGUCAGAAUUUAGACCUCAUCAUAGCACAGUGACCACACUGGUUAAAGUAGUAAAUGACCUACUACUAGUUCCUGAUCAGGCUUGUGUCUCCUUGCUUGUGCUGCUUGACCUUAGUGCAGCUUUUAACACCACUGGUCAUACGGUUCUCCUUGAUAAGCUAAAAAAAUGUCAUAGGAAAAGGAACAGUCCUCUACUGGCUCAGAUUUUAUUUAACUGAUCAUUAUCAAUUUAUAUAUGUAAAUGGUGACUUCUCUAUGCAUGCUAAUAUCAAGUUUGGUGUUCCACAAGGUUCUGUCUUUGGCCCAAUGCUUUUUCUUUAUAUAUAUUACUUCUGGGUAAUAUUAUUCGUAAGCAUGGUAAUACUUUCCACUGUUAUGUUGAGAACACAGUUGUAUGUUUCAGCAAAGCCAGAUGAGAGACACCAACUUAAUAAAACUGAAGAAUGUGUAAAGGACAUUAGACACUGGAUGCUUAUUAACUUCCUUUCUUCUUAAUUCUGACAAAACAUUCCUAGUACUAGGACCGCGUGCAGCUAGAAGUAAGUUUUCUGAUUACAUAGUAACUCUGGAUAACCUUUCUAUUUCUUCAUGGGCAGCAGUAAAAGACUUUUGUGUGA